CUUUUCUUCAUUGAAUUUCUCUAUCUAGAAUUUCAUUUUUUUUAUAUGUUUAUUAAUUUGUAUAGUGGAAGGGGAUAAAAAAAGAUGGGAACUUUGUUCUGUUGUUUUGUGAAUUCUCCCCCAUAGCCGAAAACAAAGUCUUCUCUUUCACACUUUGCAAGUUUCAAUCUGAAAAGAACAUGGGAGGCAGAAUCUAGGGUUUGACAACACCAAGUCUGACAAGUUGAUAUUUAGGUUGGAGAAUUAGUGGUUUGUUCUUGGUUUUGGGGGGUAAAAUGGAGGAAGUUGAGGAAGCUAGCAAGGCAGCAGUAGAGAGCUGCCACAGGGUUUUGAGUAUUUUGUCUCAGCCAAAAGAUCAGAUUCACUACAGAAAUUUAAUGGCUGAAACUGGGGAGACUGUUUUUAGGUUCAAAAGAGUGGUUUCUCUUUUGAACACUGGUUUGGGACAUGCAAGAGUGAGGAAGCAAAGGAAAUUACAAGCCCCUCUUCCACAGAGCAUCCUUUUGGAUAAUCCAUCCAAGGCUUUGCAGCUCGUUCACCAUGAAAGCUCAGCUCAAGAAUUGAGUUCACAUGCCAAAAUUUCUCUUUAUUUAGGAACCCCGUCUUCGGAAUUGAGCUCCAAUGCGAAAAACCAUCACCAACUAGCCCAACUGACUUCUUCAGGGAACUACCAUGCCCUCCAACAGCAGCAGCAGCUUCGACAGAGGUUACAGCUCCAACAGCAGCAAAUGAAACAUCAAGCUGAACUGAUUUUUAGGAAUAAUAGUGGCAUUAGCUUGACUUUUGAUAGCUCUAGUGUUACACCUACCAUUUCAUCGACUAGGUCUUUAAUUUCUUCCUUGAGCAUAGAUGGUAGUGUUGCCAACUUGGAUGGUGGAGGUGCCUUCCAUUUCAUCGGGGGUUCUCGGUCUGCCGAUCAGGGUUCCCAACACAAGAGGAAGUGUUCUGCUAGGGGAGAAGAUGGGACUGUCAAAUGUGGGAGCGGUGGUAAAUGCCACUGCUCGAAGAAGAGGAAACAUAGAGUAAAGAGGUCAAUCAAGGUGCCUGCAAUCAGUAACAAGCUUGCUGAUAUUCCUCCAGAUGAUUAUUCAUGGAGGAAGUAUGGGCAGAAGCCAAUCAAGGGUUCUCCUCACCCUAGGGGAUAUUAUAAAUGUAGCAGUAUGAGAGGUUGCCCUGCAAGGAAGCAUGUGGAGAGGUGCUUGGAAGAGCCAUCCAUGCUUAAUGUUACCUAUGAAGGUGAGCACAACCACCCAAGGUUACCAUUGCAAUCGACGACGACGUAGUACACUCUGGGGAAGAUCACUUCCAGCGGUUUCCUUGAUUUGCUCCUGUACAUAUUUUGCUUGGUUCGAGCAUGGGUUGGUCCCUUUUUUCCUUUUUCUCUUUCUUGGGCAGGACCAAAAGAAAAUUGUAGAAUUGGGGGUUUUAAAUUGUAAGAACUAUUUCAUAUUU